AUGCAUCUUGAAUCCAUUGACAAUGACCUCUGGUAUGUCGUCAAGACUGGCGUUCCCAAAGUUGGUGAAGGCGCCGCCGCUGCUGAUGUCAAGAGGUUCGCGCAACUAGACUCAAUUGCCAAGAACAUCAUGUAUGGUCAUCUAACAAAAGGGAAGUAUGACCGUAGGAAUGACAAUGAGAAUGUUUAUCUCAUUUUCAACCGCCUCACUGAUAUCACAAAUAAGCUUCGUGCACUUGGCACCACUGAGAUCACCAAGCACGAAGUCGUGAAGAAGCUAUUGAGAUCGCUUGACAGCUCAUUUGACACACUGGAAAUGGAUUCAAAGGAGGAGUCUGCUUUUGAGGAGGCAAAGGUGGAGUCUGUGGAGGAGUCUGAUUUAGGCGUGGCAAGCGUGGCUCUAGCUUCGGCAUUCGUCGCCAAGUCCAUCUUCAACACUGAAGACAAUGGUCACGACGCCGAUGCUGAAGCUACUAAGGACGAUGAUUCUACUCCCACCUACUGCUUCAUGGCAAGAGAAAACUUAAAAAAGGAAAAAACACCCCCCGGCGUCCCCACCUCCCGACCUCCACCAACCCCCGCGACCGCCCCAAUCCCCCGACGCCCACCAGCCCUGCGUGCCGCGCCGCCACCCCCUCCUUCUGGCGCCCCGUCGGCCCGCCUCCUCCGUCGUGCCGCCACCCCGCCUCCUCCUGGCGACCCCUCCCACACGGCGAGCUGGGCAAGCUCUUUCUUCUUUGAGCACGGCUGUUUCCAGCCGCCUUCAACAGCCGCGACCCGCUGGAUCCGAUGGAUGCUCACGUGUGGGAGCGAUGCUGCUCCGGCGGGCUCCUUCUUCCUCGAGCGUGGCAUGUCGAUAACAGUCUCCUUGUUCUCGUUCCCUCCUCCAUCCCCGAGCACGACUUCGACGAGCCCCGGUGAAGCGCCCCGCUGCCGACCAGGAUCCCCCACCAAAGGAUUGAGGAUAUUAAGAUUAUUUGGUGCUAUCAAAAAAAUGAGGAAACGCAAAGGGCUACAACCUCUUGCAUUCACGAUAAUGCUCCCGGUCCUUCUACUAUCGCUGGUGAAGAAAUGAUGGCCUCGAAUUAAGCAAAUCUUCAAUAAUUUGGUACCAAACAAUGUUUGCAAUGAUGCACUUUAUUAAACUAUUUGUUUUACAUGAUUUCCUCUCGUGAAAUAAUGAAAUUAUAUUUUGUUUUUAA